AGCAACUGACCUGGCAACGGGUGGGCCUGGCAACAGCCUCCCCCGCCAUCUUUCCACACCACCAUGGUUCUGCUCAGCCUCCUGGUGGUUCUUUUGGCUCUGGCUGUCUCUGGCCUCCACAGCCUGCCCUGGUUUGUGAAUGUCUCCGAGAGCAAGGGCCCUGGCACUGUCCUUCAGGCGUUCACCUUCAACUGCUCCUCCCACACGCCCGCCCUGGAGCUGCUCCACGUGCGGCCGCCCACCACCUUCUUCAACACACCCAGCCUUGCUGGGCGAGAGGGGAUCUACGUGGCAAAGGUGACCCUGAGCAGCUCUGCCCGGCUGGACGCCCUCGCAGUGAACCACUACGAGCUGCGGCUGAAAUACACAUGUGGAAACCGUGCGGAGGAGGCAUCGCUCUAUGUGGAUGUGCAGCGAGACCCUGGCCGUGUCCAGUGUGUUGGGAGAUUUUUUAGCCUAGCUGGGGAAAUCGUUCAGGUGCCGGAGAUGGUCGGCCCCGGAGCCCUGCUGUACACAUUGCUUAUCCCAGGCCUGGAGGUCCAGGGAGCACAGAUGAACAUCACCAGUGCCCAGGACCCUCCAAACUUUCCCGGCCCUUUCUCUAUCAGUGAAAAGGGCUUGCUGCGGGCGCCAUCCCAGGGCCUUAAAGGCCAGGCUGAAAAGGUCUUCCAGCUGCAAAUCUCAGUGACCUUUGGACAAGGCCAAAGCUGCAAAGGGAUGCUGACGGUGAAGGUUUUGCGUGCUCCUUCCAGCCAGGUCUCCUUCCUAAACAAGACCCAGAAUAUCACCAUUCCUGAGAACCUUGUCCCUGGGAGCGAGGUGAUUCAGGUGCAGGCGACCGGCUUUGACUUGCGCUAUGAAAUCUGUUCCCCAGUGCCCAGCCGGCUCUACUCCAUCGGCCGUGCCGAUGGGGUGGUCCGGACCAGUGUGCCCCUGGAACUGACAGGCACCCUGGGCACGGGUGCGGCCAGCACGAGGCUUCUCGUGAGGGCCUUUGAGCGGCUGCAGCCCUGGGCCAGUGCCCAGCUGAUCCUCACUGUGAAUGUGCGGCCGGUCAACCGCUGGCCCCCACGCUGCCACCCGGCGCUCCUGGUGACUGAAGUCCCUGAGGCCACACCUGUGGGCUCCGUGUUGAGCACCUUCACGUGCACCGACCCCGACUCUCCUGACACCAACCUGCACUACCAGCUGCGGCUUCACAGCCCUUCCCAUCCUGCCAGCCUCUGCCUUCAUGACCGCGUCCUUGAGGUGAACACCACAUUGGACUGUGACACUCCUGGAGCCUACUUCCAGUUUGCAGCUUCCAUCCUUGUGCAUGACAGCGGUCAGCCCCAGAUGACCACUGAGGUGCCAGUACUGGUGAUGGUGACACCCAUGAAUGAGUUCUCCCCAACCUGUGCCCCACGUACAUUCCGGGUUCGUGAGGAUGCGCGGCCCUGCACCCUGCUGGGUUCUGUGGUGGGGACGGAUAUGGAUUACCCUCGGAACAGCCUUGAAUACCACGCCUCUGGUGGAUCCACCAUCUUUGCUGUGGACCGUCUCUCUGGGGAAAUUCUCCUUCUGGGGCCUCUGGACUAUGAACAGCAGAGGUCGCACAGGCUCACUGUCCUGGUAAUCGACCACGGUCAAGAUAGGGACCCCAUGCACCGCCGUUCGGGGUCCUGUACCAUUACCAUCGAGGUUGAGGAUGUGAAUGACCAUGCCCCCGAGUGUGAGCCCCCGUUUCAAGAACUCACCAUCUCCACUCCCCUGGGCCAUAACGUGGAGGUGACCAAGAUGUCCUGCCGGAUCCUCCAGGAGCCACAGCGCCUGGCCUUGUCCUACAGCAUUGUGGGAGGGAAUAGUCAGAGCCGAUUCAGACUGCAAGGGGCUACCCUGGUGCAUAAUGACCCUGUGUUGGGACCUCCUUGGCCACAGCAGCCCUGUACCUAUGAGCUAGUGAUCCGUGUGGCUGACGCCGGCUCCUCCAGCCCCCACCUCAGCACCACGGCCACCAUCAUUGUACAUCUGCUUCCCUGGAGGGCCAGCACAACGGCCACCAGCACUCACAGAGCUAUAGUGCCCUCAAGGAUGAUACCCCAGCUUGUGACAGACACAGAAAUUUUCUGGCAGCCAGAGCCCUGGUUUGUGGUGGUACUGACAGUGACUAGUGCCUUUGUCCUCCUAGCUCUGGGCUGGCUUCUCCGCAAGCUGCUUUGGGGGCUGGCCCAGGUGCUGCAGGCACCAAGGAAGUCAGGGAAGGCUCUUCUGCUAAACAGCAUUCAAAGAAAAGAAAGAUCCACUGAGGGGUUCAUGGAGACACCAAGAAUGGAGAUGUCGCAGGCAGCCAGCAGUGUCCUAAGCUUGGAGCAUUUUGAUGACAAAGCACAGGGUGCUCGUGAGUACCCCUUCCCCCAAGUCACUGUCUACCUGGGCCCUCGGCCCAUCCCAGAAUUUCCCCUACUACCAAGCAGCCACCAUCUACAUUGUCACUGAUGGGUUGACUCUCACCCCCAUUUACCCUUCAGCCAAUCUUUGUCAAAAAUGAUGUGGCCGGGAGAUGACUCAGACCUGCUCUGGUCCCUGCUCCCGAGGGGAGGGGAGAAGGUGACGAGGGAGAAACUUCCACAUGCUCCAACAUCGCUAGUGAAUUAUGGCAGAGUAGUCUGGCAAGCUGGCCAUAGGGAAAUUGGUGUCCAGUGUUAGGUAAUCAGGGAGGCUUCGGUGCAUUUGAGUCAGAUCUUAGGGAAUUUUCUGAGAAGGGAGGGGGCACAUUGGAUUCCAGCAGAAAGGGGGUCACCUGAGGGGGCUGGAGAGUAUUCCCCUACCUUUAGGGGAGGGAGGAAGUUCUGCUGAGACCACAGUGAUCUAUCCCCCUUUCCCUCCCUCCUCUUCUGUCUCUGUCUUUCUGCCUCUCUCUCUCCCCACCUGUCUCUGUCUCUC